CACGGUCUAGCUGACAUGACAGCGUUCGGUCAUAGGUUGGACUCGACCUCAGAUGUCUUUUCCAACCUAAUUGAUCCUGUGAUUCCAAGAGCAACAAGCGCAGAUCCUCGUGCAACGACCCGGCUGCAGGAGAGGGCGCUCACAGACGCUCAUCUGGCCUCACCAAAGCUGAUACUACCUCUUCGCUCCUCACGCCCACGGCUCUCUGAAAGACCAGCUCACCCUCCCAGGCCCUUCCCACCCGUCCCGUCCCGCCGCGCCUCACGGGCGCCACCGGCAAAGGGAGGAACCACCUCCCCCCACGGCCUCCCUGCGCAUGCGCCGCGCCGUGCGGCUGCGGUUGGUCCCUCGGCCGGCGGGGGCGCUGCCGCGAGCCCGCGGGGGGCGGGUGCCGCUCGGGUCCGCGCCCAGAGCGCGAUGGCGGCGGCGGCGGUGGCCGGUGGGGGCGGCGGGGAGCGGAGCAGCACCCGGGACCGGCUCCUGGCGGCACUGGAGGACCUGGAGCUCUUGGCCAGGGAACUAAUAGAAAUUUUGGCGAUUUCGAGAAACCAAAAGCUUCCACAACCGGGAGAGGAGAGCCAGAUCCUGGAACUGCUGAUUCAGAGAGAUGGAGAGUUUCAAGAGCUAAUGAAGUUGGCAGUUGAUCAGGGAAAAAUCCAUCAUGAAAUGCAGCUUUUAGAAAAGGUAGUAGAAAAGCGGGAUAAUGAUAUUCAGCAGCUGCAGAAACAACUAAAAGAAGCAGAGCACAUACUGGCAACAGCUGUUUAUCAAGCAAAGGAAAAACUGAAAUCAAUUGAAAAGGCGCGGAAAGGUGCCAUUUCCUCUGAAGAAAUAAUUAAAUAUGCCCAUAGGAUCAGUGCUAGCAAUGCUGUUUGUGCCCCUCUGACAUGGGUACCAGGGGACCCACGUAGGCCAUAUCCUACAGAUCUGGAAAUGAGGAGUGGUCUCUUGGGUCAGAUGAACAACCCAUCCACCAACGGAGUUAAUGGACACUUACCAGGGGAUGCACUUGCAGCGGGCAGACUGCCAGAUGUGCUUGCUCCUCAGUAUCCUUGGCAGUCAAGUGAUAUGUCAAUGAACAUGCUACCUCCUAAUCAUAGUAAUGACUUCAUGUUGGAGCCUCCAGGACACAAUAAAGAGAAUGAAGAUGAUGUGGAAGUUAUGUCAACAGACUCCUCAAGCAGCAGCAGUGAUUCAGACUAGGUACAAGAGGGACAGUAUCCCUAGUAGACCUUUCCUGUGGUGAAGGUAGGUUGGAUGCUGUUUGUCACAAACUGCAAUAUCCUUUUGUUACGCCAGCAGCCUUUUGUAGGGACAAGAUAACAGCUGGCUCAGAAAUAGGGUGACUAAUUUAAAACCACGGACUGUAGAUUUUGUUUUUCCGUUACAUAUUCAAGUAAAAUGACUGGGAGCUUUCUGCUGGGGAGAGAUGUAAAAUUUUCAGUGAUUGUAUGAAUGUGUAUGUUUGCAAGAGACGUGUAUAUAUAUAUGUAUUCACUAUACAUUAGAUGACAAAAGUUCCUGGGAAAAAAGGUGUAAGGGGAAUCCCCUUGUAUGUUUGUUAGUAACUUUAAUCUUUUGAUGAUAACCUUUUCUAUGCCACAGAAAUGAGACAUGAAGUUUGUAAUUUUAGUAUCUGUUUUUUUGUUACUGCCUAAAUCCAUGUUCUUGAUCAUCUGUUUACCAAGAACAAAAAUACGGCAAUAAGGUGUAAAAAAAGUUUGUAAUUAUUGUAUUAUAGAAUGAAUGAUUUGUUAUAAAUAAACUCAGCUUUGAUCUAACUUU